AUGAAGCCGACGCCAGAGCCCGACGGCCGCGACCCCGACCCUUCCAGCAUCCUCUUCCAAACCCCGGACAAGGCCGUCGUCCUGCUUGAUGUUCCACGGUCGCUCGAGGAGAGCCAGGUCCUCUCGGGGCAGCAGCCUGUGAGCCGCAUCUAUUCCGACUCUUCGCCAGCCGUGCCCUUACCGACGCCGGAGCCUAAGCAGGGCUUGAAUGACAGCGCAGCUUCCGCGCAGUCGCAGGGCACUGCCGUCGCCGAUCUGAUGACAGGUGCGGCCGUGCGGAACGCAUUGCAGCAGCUGGCGGACCACUACUCUGGCCCCUACCAUCUCCCUCGUUUGGUCAGCGGCCCGGGGAGCCACGUCCCCGCUGCCGGCGCCGAGUCUCCCUCCUGCCCGGUCGUCGUGCCCCCGGGAGCCAGGUAUCUCCGCGGAUCCAUAGAAGACAUGAGGCAGACCUUUCUCGACACGGCGCCCAAGUUCGACCUCAUCGUCCUCGAUCCUCCGUGGCCGAACCGCUCGGCCCGGCGGCGGCGGAGGAAAGGCUGCUACGCUACGGCUGACACCAUGCGCGAGAUGAGCGAGCUGCUCGCAGCCAUCCCCGUGGCGGCUCGCAUCUCCCCUGACGGCCUCGUUGCCAUUUGGAUCACCAACAAGCCUGGCGUCCGCCAGCUCCUCACCUCUGCCGCCGGCGUAUUCGCCGCCUGGGGCCUCGAACUCGUGACCGAGUGGACCUGGUUGAAGAUUGCCGCCUCGGGCGAGCCGCUCUACGACGUCGACUCGCUGUGGAGGAAGCCGUGGGAGACGCUUCUCAUUGCUAAGCCACGCCGCUCUCGCCCUCCACGCGCCCUCGGGCCCAAGGUUGUAGUCGCCGUGCCCGACGUGCACUCACGCAAGCCCAAUCUGCGCCCCCUGUUCUGCGAGGUGCUCGGCAACGGCUACGUCGGCCUCGAGGUUUUUGCCCGCAACCUGACGGCAGGCUGGUGGAGCUGGGGAGACGAGGUGCUCAAAUUUCAAGAGGUGCAGUAUUGGCAGCCCGCGACAGGUCAGCCGAUGGAGUCGUAA